AUGCCACCACUGCUCACCUUUGACUUCCAGCAGGCCUUUGCGAGCGUCGCCCAUGACUGGAUCCGCUUGGUUCUCUCGCGCAGUGGAUUGCCAAAGGCGCUGUGCGGGUUCUUCGGCGAGCUGUUCCUCUGCGUCCACUGCCUGGCGGCGACGGGCGUCGAGCUGUCGGUCCUCAACUGUGUGCAGAGUGGCAUCAUGCAGGAGUGCCAAGGAUCUGGUUUCUUGUUCGCUAUUGGCGCGGACCCGCUCAUGCAGGACCAGUUCUUGCCGCUGCCCGCACCGAUCGGUAGGACGGUGGCCGCGCUUCUCGCUUGCCUGUAG